AAAAAAAAAUACACGAACUGGCAAUCUACUUAGCGAGGGUCUCCAGUACUACACCUCUCAGUCUGCCCGGCGUCAGAGUUACCUCAGCUUCGGUAAAGGAGGGUGUUGCCCAAGAUGCUCCUGCUUCAUCUCAGCGUCUUAGCGUUGGUGGCGUCAGCGUCCACAAACAACUUGAGAACUCUCCAGCUUCGGCAGUUCAACGCAAAUCAAGAUGUCUCUUACCGGUCCAGCAAUGCUCAAAGCCAAGGCAACGUGAAGAGUUUUGAAAACUGUGACGAUGAUGUAGAAGACCUUCCAAACGGCGCCAUUUUUUGUGCUUUCACUGGGUGCCGAAUGACAUGCAACAAAGGCUACCAGGCCGAGAUUCGCGGGCGUAUCUACCUGUUCUGUGACCACAGCACAGGGAAACUGAUGUAUAACGGUCAGCCUUGGAGGGUAUCCGUGCCCAAAUGUGUUCNNAAGUGCGGGAAGCAGGGCUGCCUCAACGGGGGCGUGUGUGUGGCGCCCAAGCAGUGCCAGUGCCAGCCGGGCUUCACGGGAGCCAACUGCGAGAAGGAAGACCUGUUCGUGUUCCCAGGAGAGUGCGACCCCCCUUGCGAGAACGGAGGCGAGUGCAUAAUUGACGGCGUCUGCAACUGCCCCAAGUACUUCUUCGGCCUCCUGUGCCAGUACCACCGCUGCGACCUCCCACGCAAAGGCCUGUCGAACAGCGAUCUUGCGGGAAACCUUUCUCAGCUGAAGAUCAUUUGCAAAAGAGGCUACAGAAUUUGGUCCCGUCUCUCUCAGCUCCCCAUCGUGUGCCAAAAUGCGACCUGGGUUAUUCCUCGUUUCGGCCUCAUGAGUGAAAACGAUGUCAAUUGCUACCCUGUAUGUAACCCUCCCUGUGCAGAAGGAAGCGUUUGCACGGAACCAGAUUUCUGCGAACCCAAGAUCUAGAAAAAAAAGUAAAUCAAAUAUGGCGGGAAGGACCAUAGAGUUUAGUUAAGGGUAAACCCAGGAAGAAGUGAUAUCUUGGUCUCACUAUCAAAAGGAAGCAAAGAAUGAGGAAAACAAUUAAAUAAAAAGGUUGUGACAUAACGACAGGAAACAUUAGAUACUAAGACAAGCUAGUGAUAAAGCUGUAUUAGAUUAGUACUUUCUUUAUUAUGUAUGGUUUUGUAGUGAAGUUCCGAGGAGUCGCCAAUGAAUGUUUCCGAGGAACAGCAAUAUCUUUAGAUCUUGAAUAAAAUGUAUCAGGACA